GAUCCCAUCCCGCCCACCAUGCCGGCUGUCCUGUCCAGACCAGAAGACGUGAGCCCACUCCAUUCGAGGUGCUGGCACCAAGGAGGUAUAGUCACGGCCAACGGUUGUUUAUUGCCCAUCAUCACCUACGAUCCAGAAGAGCAAUAUCGCACUACACAUACUGUCAUCGUCCUCCAUGACCGACCCGGCUACAACGAUAUCUUUGAACUCUUUGCACGAGAGAUUUUCAACAACGAUGCCAGGUUGACUGCCGUCUCUCGACACAAUAGCCUUCGCCACCACUUUCCAACUUUCAGAUGGGUCUUUGCGGCUGGAGUCUCAGAAGCCAGGGCGAUACUAGGUCACAGAGAAGAGAUGCGACCCCGAUGGGCUCGUGAUACCCCAUUACUUGAGGACAUGUUUACCUGUCAUCACGUGUUUUCCCUUGUCGAGGCAGAAGAACUUCGAUAUUCUGCACAAGAGGUUCCCAAUCCUAGGUCGCGCAUCUUCUUGGUAGGAUUUGGGAAAGGCUUCCACAUCGCCUCGGCGUUAUUCUUUGGUGAACCACUGUGGGGCCUAGGUGGCCUAAUUGGCUUCGCCGGCUUUUUGCCCAAUAUGCGAGAGCUUAUAGCACUGGGUCGUGGGCCCGAUUCGGCAGACAAUGAAAAAUGCCGCCAGUUCCUAAAGGAUCUUCAGACUUGUUAUUUUGGGAGACAUUUAUCCCAAAGUCAAGAUACCGCCAGCGCUCAGACAAGCAGUCACGAUGAUGCUACACGCCCGGGUUAGAAGCGCCCCGUGCCUGCAGGCUUCGAGGGGUGGCUCGUAGGAAAAUUGAGAGAAACGCCCAUCUAUCUGGCCCAAGACCCAAAAGUAGGGGCUGUGGAGGAUCCCGUCAUGAAGCGCGCCCUGCUGGUGAGCGCAGAACUUUUGUUGGAGCUCGGCUUCAAACGAGUCGAGUGUCACUAUUAUUACUCUCCGGAAACAAUGCAUUCGGGGGAUGCGCUUUGGCCCCAAAUGCUCGCUGCUUUGGUGUCUUUCAUUCAAAGCCGCAGUUGUCAAAUGUCUCUGCUUGCUCAGGCUGUAGGUAGCGUGGCUGGCUGGUUGUGGCAAUUGGGGUGCGAAGCGACAAGAACGUGGUGAUCUCGCGAGACCCGUAUGGAUUGGGCAUGUUCAAGUUGUCUUGCACAAAUAGCGACACAAACUUCAGUUAUUACAUUAUCAGAGCAAGAAGCGAAUUUGACAGGAACAUGGAUUUUUAUCAAC